CCCGCCGCUCUCUUCAUGGUCACUACUGCUUCUGAUCUCGCCUUGGGGAGGGUGACCCUGGGCCUGUAUUGAGACACCCAGUGCCCAUCCUUCCCAAAUGACGCCCACUGGAAAAUGGUGCUCUUCUUGGAGUUGGACGUCUUACUUUAUUCCCCUCCCUUGGAAUGUGUGGGUACAAGGGACCCAAAGAAAUAGCAAUUGAGAAAAAAUAGAACUGAGGGAGUGAAUAAAAGAAUGAGGAGACCCCUAAACAAAUGACAAAAUAAAGGGCGGAGAGGGAUUUGCAGAGACGCAGUGAGAGUGAAAGAAGAAGCUGAGAAGGUAGCAUGAGGAGAAAAGGAACUGGAGAAAUUUAGAGAAAAGCUUUAUGUCCCAAGAGGUGAAGGACUGCGAGUGGCAGGAAAGGGGGAGGCACCUCAGACAGUGGGGGUGGGGGUAGAUGAUUUGGAACCAGGGUAGACAGAGCAGCAUGUUUCAAGGACAAGAGGGGGCACCUGAGGAUUAGAGCAGAAAGGGAACCACGGAAACAUAGAGACCAUACCUUCGCUCCCCAUCUGAGCACUAUUCCACUGAUAUUUUCUUUUUCGGAGUUACCUGUGAUCUUCUCAUUUGAUUAACGUCUAAAGAUUCAUCAUACAUAAAGGAGAAGGCAAGAAGAGGAAAAAACAGGAGUCAGGAAUGGCUGUUACUCAGGAACACUUGACAUUCAGAGAUGUGGCCAUAGAGUUCUCUCAGAAGGAGUGGAAAUUCCUGGACCCUGCUCAGAGGGCUUUGUACAGGGAAGUGAUGUUGGAGAACUACAGGAACCUGGUCUCCUUGGAUAUCUUUCCUAAAUGCGUGAUCAAGGAAUUACCCCCAACAAAGAAAAGUAGGACAGGAGAUAUAUUCCACACACUGAUGUUGGAAAGACAUGCAAGCCAUCGCAGUGGAGAUUUUUGCUUCGUGGAAAUUCAGAAAUGCGUCUAUGACUUUGAGUUUCAGUGGAGAGAUGAAGAACAAAAUGACAACAUAGUACCUUUGACAGACAUCGAAAAUUUUACUGGUAGUAGAGACCAAUGUGAUAUAAGGGAUGCUAAAAAUAAGCCUAUUACAAAUGAGUUUGGGUUAAGCUUUCAUCCUCCUGAACUACAUGUAUUUGAAACUGAUGGGAAAAUUUGUCAUCAAGGUGAAAAAUCCUCAGAUUCAACACCCCAAAGAAUUUCUUCUAGGCUCAAUAUCCAUGUUUCUCAUCAAUAUGGGAAUAAUUUCAUCCAUUCUUCAAUACUCACAGAAAAACAGAAAGCACAUCUUAGAGAUAAACGUUACAAAUGUACUGAAUGUGGCAAAUCUUUCAUUUAUGUCACACACCUUAGUAUACAUCAGACAAUCCAUUCUGGAGAGAAACAGUAUAAAUGUGAUUUAUGUGGCAAGGCCUUUAAUCAGAAAUCAAACUUGGCAAGUCAUUAUAGAGUUCAUACUGGAGAGAAACCAUAUAAAUGUAAGCAAUGUGACAAAGUUUUCAGUCGUAAUUCACACCUUCAAAGACACUGGAGAAUUCAUACUGGAGAGAAACCUUACAAAUGUAAUGAAUGUGGCAAAGUCUUCAAUCAAGAAGUAAACCUUGCAAGUCAUCAGAGAAUUCAUACUGGAGAGAAACCAUACAAAUGUAAUGAAUGUGGCAAAGUCUUCAGUCAACUCACACUCCUUGCAAAUCAUCGAGAAAUUCAUACUGGAGAGAAACCAUAUAAAUGUAAUGAAUGUGGCAAAGUAUUCAGUAGAACUGCGACCCUUGCAGUUCAUCAGAGAAUUCACACUGGAGAGAAACCCUACAAAUGUAAUAAAUGUGGCAAGGUCUUCCGUCACAGUUCACACCUGACCAAUCAUGGGAGAAUCCAUACUGGAGAGAAACCUUACAAAUGUAGUAAAUGUGGCAAGGUCUUUACACAAACCUCACACCUAGCAUUACAUCACAGAAUUCAUACUGGGGAGAAACCAUACAAGUGUAACGAGUGUGGCAAAGCCUUUAGUCUCCACUCACACCUCACUAGACAUCAUAAAAUUCAUUUUAGAGAGAAACGUUACAAAUGCAAUAACUGUGACAAAGUCUUUAGUCAAAAUUCACUCCUCAUACAACAUCAGAGAAUUCAUUUUUCAGAUACUUCUCACAAAUGCAGUGAGUAUUGCAAAACUUCUCAAUGUGAGUUCAAAUAUUAAUUAACAUUAGAGCUUUCAUAUUAAAGGAAUUUGUAUAAACGA